AUGGAAAUAAAUGAUACAUUGGAGCGAGACAUUGAUUUUUUAAAAGAUUUUUUAACAAAUAAUAAAGAAACGGAUACUAUAGAUAUAGAUAAUUCUGUAGUUUCAAUAAUUAUUGGUACUAUUGGCUUUAUAUUUAAUGCAUUAGCAAUUUUAAUAUUUUCUGUAUCAAUCAUUUUUCGUCAUAGUACAUUUCGUUGUUAUAUUUAUACAUUUAUUAUUGUUCAUUGUAUUUGUAUAUUUAGUCAAACAUGGUCAUAUCUAUUAUUUCAUAUUGGUAAUCAUAAUCAUUUAUGUAAAUGGAAUACAUUUUUACAACAAACAUCAUCAACAUGUUCAUUAUGGAUUAUGGUUUUAUUAUCAUCUGAACGUGCAUUUACAUUUAUACAACCAUAUAAAGUAAAAAAAUUAUUUACAUUAAAAUUAACAUGUACAAUAUUAAUAAUUAUUAUUCUUAUUUCAUUAUUAUUACAUAUAGAUGAACUAUUAGUUAUUAGAAUAUCAUCAUUUCGUUGGAUUAGUUUUUCAUUUGGUAUAUGUUCAAUAGUACGUGAUAGAAAAUAUUUUGAUAUAAAAAUAAAAAUAUUAUUGUAUUCAAUAUCAUUUAUAUUGCCAUUUUUAUUAAAUUCAAUAUUUGAUAUUUAUAUAUGUCGACAAAUAUGUAUAAGAAGAAAAAAAAUGUCUAAUAUAAAAAUAAAUAAAUAUCGAUUAGAAAAAAAAACGAAAUAUUUAUCAUUAACACAUGAAAUUACAUUAACAUUAUUAUGUUUAUCAAUUUGGUUAUUAUUAACUUAUUUUCCAUUUCGAUUAUAUUAUCUACUUGUUUCUUAUAAUUUUAUUGAUUAUGCUAAAGAUAAAUCAUUACUAAUGUUAAUAGUACGCUAUAAUUUAUUAGUUUAUUUAGCAUUUAGUCCAUCAUUAUAUGUUAUCUUAAGUCCAACAUUAAGAAAUGAAAUUAAACAUCGUUUACGCUAUCAUAAAGUAAUAUUACAUUUAAAUGGACGGUAUCGAAAUAAAGAAAACGAUCAACGUGAACAAGAUAUUUUAAUAUCAACAACACUCUGUGUUACUGCACCAGUAAAAAUAACUCGAACAGUAAAAAAUCUAACACAAGUUGUUUUAUAUACAGACAGCUCAUCGGCACAAAAUGUUAGUGAAGUCGAACAAAUAAAUUUACCAGUAUUAAUUCAUAAAACAGCGAAAAAUACUCCUAUAUCAAAAUUAAAUUUCGCUUUAAUUCGAUCCGCGAAAAGUGAACCACUAUUAAAUUUUAGAAAUAAUAUUAUCGUAGAAAUGUGUCGAUCAUCUAGUGAUACCAUAUUAAAAACUUAA